AUGUGGGCCAGGAAUAUUGCAGAGAUUUUCAAGUCUUCUCAGUCUGAGGAAGAAGUGGAAGGGGAGGAGGCCUUGAUGUAUCUGGCAAGGCGCUACAAGGGGCUGACGGUGAACGCAUGUGCCCAUGCCAUCUUCUUCUGCAGACUUCUUCAUGCCUUGAGGCCAAGCAAGACUGAGAAGGCUUUUCCAGGUUCCUUGGCAGACAACUGUGGCCUGAAGGUUGGGAUUAUCGGGGGGGGCCACCUUGGAAAGCAGCUGGCUCAAGUGCUGCUGACUCUGAGCUGGACUCCAUGCUGCAGUAUCCGCAUUUCCACCAAGCGCCCGGAGAGCCUGGCAGAGCUGCAGGAGCAGGGGGUCGGCUGCUUUUACGACAAUGCUCAGCUGGUGGCCUGGGCAGAUGUGGUCUUUCUCUGCUGCCUCCCGUCGCAAGUGCUGACCGUCUGCUCCGUUAUUCGGCCAGCCAUCCGGAAACCCUGCCUUGUGUACAGCCUCGUCACGGCUGUCCCGCUCCGCAGGUUGAAGCAACUCCUUUCCUACAGUGCCAUCGUGAGGCCGCAGUACCAGUGCUGUGGCAGGGAGCCCAUCAAUGAAUGGAGGUCGACCGGGACAGUCACAGCAGCACUGCAAGACCCUGCUGUUGUACAGGCAACGUGUCCCUGCAGUUCCCAAGGGAAAAUCAGAGUCAACACCAAGUGGUUGGUGGCUUGUUUCUAUGCUGCAUUGAACAGCAGCAUGUGGCAGCGCCUGCCUCACCAGAAAGCACUGAAAUUACUCAAUGACCUGUGUUUUCCUGAACACUGUCCCAUCUGUGCAGAAGAGAAAACUUCCUGCCCACGGUUUGUGUGUGAGAGUUUUGUCAGCAAAACAUUUGCCUCUUCAAUGGCUCAGGAAGAAACCUUCCCCUGGUUUGACCUAACCGCUGCGCAGCUGAGAGAGUCUCCCUUUAGCCAGCUGCUAGAAGGGAGCGCGGCUGUGCGGAGCCAUCUCGCUCGGCUGUACCUGGGGGCCUUUGGGGACUGGCCUAGAGAGCAACGCGGGCUGGCGAGCACUGACACAGCUCUCACUUCAGCUGCAGUGGAGCCUGGUGUGAUGGUGGAUCACAAGACCUUGUUCUCUGCAACUGCUGCUGAGAUUUCAUCAAAAAAAAUGGAGGAAACUACUGACAAUGAUUCUAAAUAA